UCAGUUUGCUGAAGGUUUCAUGGACAUCCCAUUGCUUUCGUGUAUGAGAGAGCUGCCCAUUAUCUUAUGCCGCCAAAUCGUCGGAACUAUCCAUCAACCGAAACAACAUUUCUACUUCUGAUCCGCAAAGGAGCUUUCUAUGACAAUAAUGCGGUUGCUUUUUGUUACAGUCGCCCUGGCCGCGUCGAUUGUUCAGGCUGGUAUCGUCGACUUGAACGCCGAUGAGGUGGCCCGAAGAGCAGACGCGCCACAUACAACAUACCACACAACUCCAGAUAAGCCAACAAUGACGGGAAUCGCCGCAAACUGCAACAAGUUCUACGAUGUAGUUGAGGGCGACGAUUGCGAGACUGUAGCAGCUGCUUUCAAAAUAACGAAAAGCCAAUUUCUUGCUUGGAAUCCUGCAGUUUCUACGGACUGUGCCACAAAUUUUUGGCUUGGAGAAGCAUACUGUGUUGGCACUGGCACGGUAGGUGUUAGCAGCACCAAGAGCACUAAAAGCGAUGCUCCUCACACUACUGUUCACACGACACCGGAUAAGCCUACGCAAACUGGGACUAUCUGUAAUUGCAACAAGUGGUAUGAUGUAGUUGAGGGCGAUGACUGCGGGACAAUCGCAACUGUAUUUGGGAUAAAACUCGCGGACUUCCUGAAAAUGAACCCGGCCGUAUCGUCUGACUGUGCGACCAAUUUCUGGCUUGGAAACAGCUAUUGCGUAGGGACAUCAACAGGCGCUUGCCCUACCUCGACGUCUACGAAACCUCAUAGCUCUACUACUAUUUCUUCAAGCUACUCCAUAAUUCCGCAGCCAUCGAGCUCUUAUGUACAGGUCACAAGAUCGACAGCCACAUCUUGGCCGCCAACCCAAACUCAGGCUGGGCAAGUGCCAUAUUGCAAUAAAUGGAAAUUAGUGUAUCCUGGCGACACAUGCGCUAGUAUACAAGCAAGAUAUUCGACCUCAAUGUCACUGGAUGACUUCAAGUCAUGGAACCCGGCCCUUGGUGCUAAAUGCACAAAUCUUUUUGCUAACUACUACGUUUGCGUUGGAAUCCAAUCUCAAACAAGUGCUACACACAACACUACUGCAACUUCGCAAUGGUAUCCACCAUAUACUUCAACUGUUCACCCAACACCCAAUAGCACAUUUGUUCCUUCACCAACUCAGAGCGGCAUCCCACCUAGUUGCAUGGCUUUCUAUCAAGCUACCACUAAUGAUACUUGUGAGUCGAUUAUAAAGGAAGAAGGCUAUGUGUCAUUGGAUGAGCUUAAAGAGUACAAUCCUGCACUUGGAUCGGAUUGCUCCGGGAUAAUUCCAGGAGAUUAUUACUGUGUUAUGAAUGGCACACUUCCGCUGCCAUCUGUGGCGACAACUGCACCAGCAGCCACACAGACAGGAAUCACACCCGACUGUGUUUCAUGGUAUCGGGCAGAUAACGGAGAGGAUUGCGACCUGAUUGUAAAAAUGUUUGGCACAUUUAGCGCCGAAGAGUUCCUGAAGUGGAAUCCAGCUGUCAAAUCAGACUGCUUGGGUUUGAAAAUAGGCAACUAUUAUUGCGUUGCUAUUCCGUCAACGCCAACAACAAGGACUACCAGUUACAGCUCUACACCACUGCCUACAAAUGGGGUUGGCCCACAACCGGAACAGUCUGGAAUUCCAAAAGCUUGCGCAGAUUAUUGGUUUGUUGGCAGGUAA